GCAGAGGACCACAUUUUAUAUGUACGGAAACCAAGCCGACGUCAGCGGGCGAGUUUAGUAAACUCUAAGGGUGGUCCAUAUCUAUUCUAAGCCUCUAACGAAAAGCGUCGCGCAUCCUUAUCCAUCUACAUAGUUUUUUCUCGACAAUUCCAUUCAUUAUUAUACGUCGAGAUUGCCUCAUGGGGUAUUCUUAAUUCUUCAGGAUGCUACACAUAUUGAGCAGUCCGUCGCCAGUACCCUCUGAAAUCUUUGCGCUCGUCGCGCUUCUCGUCCUCUCCCUUAUCGUUCUCCUGAUUCUGCGCCAUUACCUCCCAUUGCGAACAACACCGGCCUAUUUACUAGUGCCUGUAUUCUUUGCACUAUGGCUACCCGCAACUAUCGUCCUACUCGUACCUAUCGAUCUUGCGUCGAAUGCCAGUACCGAAGAUGAGACGAGAGGCAUUUGGCUACCACCUAGAGCGCUGCUCGUGUCGUGGAGGAUUUCAUACUGGCUCACCUUCGUCUUGACUUGGUUUAUACUACCAAUACUUGCCGAGUAUUCCGACGCCGGUUAUCGCGAGCCCAAAGACCGAAUUCUAUACUCCUUGCGCGAGAAUGCCCAGUACUAUGCAAUCGUGGUAGGAGCGGGCGUGCUUGGACUAAUUUACUUCUUUCUAUCCUACGGCCCUUCAUUCACAUCGUUGAAGGGAUUGGUAUUAGCUCUUGGCUACUGUUGGUGUUUGGUUUUAGCCAUCUAUCUCAUGGGUCACGGUCUCGUCACUAUCCCCCGAAACCUAAUAAAGAACGCAAGCGCCAGUAGCCGAUUACGACGACUCCAGACCCAGGCGCCUAAGCUUUAUGAGAAGAUGGAAGAUGCUAUCCUUAAUUUAGAAGAUCUAGAAGUUCAAGUGUCAGAACUGAGCAAGCGCAAGACCGGAAGUGCCAGGGACUUUCAAGAUUGGAUCGAGGAGUUGUCGGAUAUAUGCAAUAUCCCUGAGUCGCGACCUAGGAACGUCCUGCCUCGGAUAGAGAGUGAUAAUCGCAUAAUUCCUACGGUCAUUACCGAGAAGUACUUGGCGGACCUUACGCGCCAACUCACUCGGGCAAGACAUACCAAAUCCCGCUACAUUGAUGAGUGGGAUCGCUUACUUCAUGAUGCCUCGAAGACACAAGCGAUAUUGAAUUCCGCGACUUCGAAGAAACUCGACUUUGGCGCAAAUUCCCCAGGUUCCUCGUUUUGGGAGAGGACUACCGUUCUCACUCCCUAUACUCGGUACCUACUUUAUCGUUGCGUCAUCCCCUACUUCCGUGUUUUCCUUGGUGGCUUCCUUGCACUAGCAUCGGUAUGCAUCAUAUGGUCUGAGUUAGUGAAAGCAGCUUUUCCAUCUGUAUCAGUUAUCCGAUUCACCGUGGUCCAUCACUGGACCGGAGAGAGCGGUCGCGUUGGUUUUGCAGGCCAAGUCAUCGCUGCGUUCUGGAUAUUAUACAUGUGCGCAGCAGCUCUCCAUUCAGUAACCGAAGUCAAAGUAUGGCGUGGCCGCGCUCUAGUCCGUCGCAACACGGCUCAUGAAUCAGCAUUCUGGUAUGCGGGCCAAGUUGCCAGGUUGAGUGUUCCGUUAUCUUACAAUUUUGUCACAUUCUUAUCACGAUCGAUAUACGAAGAAACAACUUUUUACGAUAUCCUUGGGAAAUAUGUCGACCUUACUCCGCUUGGGAAAUGGUUUGACUACUUGUUCCCUAUUUUUGUGCUUGUCCCAGUAUGCGCAGCACUAUUUGGAUUAUAUGGCAAAGUAAAGCGAUUCUUCGGGUUUGGUGUUGAUAUUGUGGAUGAAGAAGAUAAUGAGCCUAGUUAUGGGAGCGGUUCUUGGCGUGAAGGGAGAGACUUGAUAGAACGAGAAUUAAAUGGAACGUCCAUAUCUCGAAGGUUGGAUGAAGCUGCGUCCAGGACUGCAAAUGGCCAGGGCCGUUCUGCCCCCAUUCUGACGGUACCCGCUGCUAGAAGCGAAGGUACUAGGACACCCUUCGCCACAUCACCUUCGUACCAUGACCAACCCACCAGGAGAACAGCACAAAGUUCCCGCACUGGCGUCUCUGACUCAGAACCUGAAGAUGACAACUUCUUCACGAACUUGGGCCAUCGCUUCAAGAAUACGAUUGAUACUAUAGACGCUCCAAAGUGGUUCCAGGAGAUCGGAGAAGGCUUCAAGAAGCCAAAGUGGAUGGGUGGUAAUGAUGAAGAAGCAGGAGAAAGCAGUACUAGACCAGGUCGAAGUGAUUCAGAUAUACGGCGUUGGUUUGGAGGAGACGGUAGAAUAAGACUAUAGGAAACUAUUUUUCCAUCGAUAAUUAAUUAAUAAAAACCAAUUUUCAAUUCAGGCACCAAACCCUAUUAUGAGUAC